AUGAAGUUACUAUUAAUCUCAGUCACCAAUCGAACAGGACCAACUACACCGCCACCACCACCACCACCAACUACAGAAGCACCACCUACCACCGAAGAACCAACUACCACCGAAGAACCAACUACGGCAGCACCAGAGGAAGAAUUCCCCAUAUGGGCGGCUAUCCUCAUUGCACUUGGCAUUGGCGGUUUGAUUGCAUUGUGCCUGUGCCUGUGGCUGUGCCUACGUGCAAAGCGUGAGCAGCCCAAAGUCCCGUACAAGAUCCAGAAGGAGGAAAUGCCGAAAAUCCAGAGGGAGAAGAAGCUGAAGAAGGAGGAGAAGAUGCCGAAGGAGAGGAACCCGAAAGUGCUGAAAGUUCCGAAAGUUCCGAAAAGUCAAAAGAAUCAGCAGCAGAGGGUGGAGAGGAAGCAACAGAGGAGGAGUAAAGAACCGGAUUUGUAACGAAACAUCUCAAAAAAAGCUGUGACCAAAUCAACUCCAUCAGCUCACGAGAACAGAACUUUUAUAAUAACUGAUUUGUUUACACGUACACUUGAUUACGAGUUACCAGCAUGUCGUAAGAGGAUGAUAGCACAGGCAACAACAAAAUCUAGUAUUUAUACAUCAAAGGGUAGGUCUCAGCGAUGUCUUUAUUGUUUAGCUUGGUCUCAGUGAAAACAUCUGUAUUGUUUAGCUAGGGCUCCAUGAUAACAUCUGUAUAGUUUAACUGCAUCUCAAUGAUAACAUCUGUAUUGUUUAACUAGGGCUCCAUGAUAACAUCUGUAUUGUUUAACUGCAUC